AAAUAAAAAUACGCGAACAGCUCGAGUCAACUCAACGCCCACAGAUUCUUUUAUUAGGGUUUAUAUCUGGUCAUAAUAUAUUCUCAAUCUCAACUUACCCGCCUCACUUUCUUUCACAUCAAAAUAAAAAAUAAUAAUAAUAAAUUAAAUUGGAAACCCUAGCGCAGCAGCUGAGAGAGAAUGCCAGGGAAGGAGGAUAGCUCCUCCGACAAGGAGCAAUGCAUUGACUUGUUCCUCAAGAUCGGGUUGGAUGAACGAACCGCCAAAAACACCAUCGCCAACAACAAGGUCACUGCAAAUCUCACUGCCGUCAUUCACGAGGCUGGUGUUACUGAUGGUUGUAGUCGGACUGUUGGAAAUCUCAUCUACACGGUUGCUACUAAGUACCCUGCAAAUGCUCUUGUGCAUCGCCCUACCUUGCUGCAAUACGUUGUUUCCUCAAAGAUUAAAACGACGGCGCAGUUAGAUGCAGCUCUUUCAUUUUUUGGAACUACUGCUUCGGAGGAUUUUAAGUUGAAUGAAUUUGAAGAAGCCUGUGGUGUUGGUGUUGAGGUUUCAGUUGAAGAAAUUGAACAAGCUGUAAAUGAGGUUUUUGAAGAGAAUAAGAAUGUGAUUUUGGAGCAACGCUAUCGAACAAAUGUGGGUGAAUUGUUAGGGCAUGUUCGGAGGCGGCACCCAUGGGGUGAUCCAAAAAUUGUGAAGCAAUUUGUUGAUGCAAAAUUGCUUGAUUUACUUGGUGAAAGGACUGCAGCGGAUAAUGAAAAGCCUUCCAAAAAGAAAAAAGAUAAGCCUGCUAAAGUAGAGGAGAAAACCGUUGCUGUUGUUACUCCAGAACAGCCACCUGAAGAAAACCUAAAUCCGUUUUUGAUAUUUCCUCAACCAGAAGAGAAUUUCAAGGUACACACAGAAGUAUUUUUCAGUGAUGGUUCUGUCUUGAGAUGUUGCAAUACAAAGGAACUGCUUGAAAAACACUUAAAAGCAACAGGAGGAAAAGUUUUGACUCGCUUUCCUCCUGAACCAAAUGGUUAUCUACAUAUUGGUCAUGCCAAGGCGAUGUUUAUAGACUUUGGCCUAGCAAAAGAUAGAGGUGGAGGCUGCUAUCUAAGGUAUGAUGACACGAAUCCCCAAGCUGAAAAGAAAGAGUAUAUUGAUCAUAUCGAAGAAAUUGUCCAGUGGAUGGGUUGGGAGCCCUUAAAGAUCACUUACACUAGUGAUUACUUCCAAGAUUUGUAUGAUUUAGCAGUGGAGCUCAUACGAAGGGGUCAUGCAUAUGUUGAUCAUCAGACACCUGAUGAAAUAAAGGAGUUUAGGGAAAAAAAGAUGAACAGUCCUUGGAGGGACAGACCGGUUUCAGAAUCAUUGAAACUUUUUGAGGAUAUGAGAAAAGGUCUUAUUGAAGAAGGAAAAGCAACACUGCGGAUGAAGCAAGACAUGCAAAGCGAUAAUUAUAAUAUGUACGACCUUAUUGCUUAUCGUAUCAAGUUCACUUCUCAUCCGCAUGCUGGAGACAAGUGGUGUAUCUAUCCUAGUUAUGAUUAUGCUCACUGCAUUGUGGACUCCAUUGAGAAUAUCACACAUUCGCUGUGUACGCUUGAAUUUGAGACACGCCGUGCUUCGUACUACUGGUUAUUACAUGCACUGGGCCUUUACCAACCACAUGUAUGGGAAUAUUCGCGACUGAAUGUUACCAACACCGUGAUGUCAAAGCGUAAGUUAAACCGAUUGGUAACAGACAAGUGGGUUGAUGGUUGGGAUGACCCUCGCCUCAUGACCCUAGCUGGUUUACGUCGUAGGGGUGUGACUCCAACUGCAAUUAAUGCAUUUGUUAGGGGAGUUGGGAUCACAAGAAGUGACAACAGUAUAAUAAAUUUGGAUCGCCUCGAGUAUCACAUAAGAGAAGAACUAAACAAAGCAGCACCCCGUACAAUGGUCGUGCUACAUCCGCUCAAGGUUGUUAUUACAAACCUCGAAGCUGACUCAAUAAUAAAUCUUGAUGCAAAGAGAUGGCCUGAUGCUCAAACAGAUGAUGCAUCUGCUUUUUACAAGGUCCCCUUUUCGAAUGUUAUAUACAUUGAAAAUUCUGACUUCCGGAUGAAAGAUUCAAAGGAUUACUAUGGGCUUGCUCCGGGUAAAUCUGUCCUACUCAGAUAUGCGUUCCCCAUAAAGUGCACUGAAGUUAUCCUAGCUGAUGAUAAGGAAACUAUUCUAGAGAUCCGAGCUGAGUAUGAUCCUUCAAAGAAGACAAAGCCUAAGGGAGUUCUUCAUUGGGUGGCUGCACCUUCUCCUGGGGUUGAUCCACUCAUGGUGGAGGUCAGAUUGUUUGACAAAUUGUUCCUUUCAGAGAACCCUGCUGAACUUGAUGAUUGGCUUGCUGAUCUGAACCCACAGUCCAAAGUAGUGAUUCCUGGUGCAUAUGCCACAUCCUUGCUGCAGAAUGCUGCAGUUGGGGACAAUUUUCAGUUUGAAAGGCUUGGUUAUUUUGUGGUUGAUAGAGAUUCUACUCCUGGAAAGCUCAUCUUCAAUCGGACAGUAACUCUAAGAGAUAGCUAUAGCAAGGGUGGUAAGUAGGUUUGUGACCAUGGAAAGCACAAGUAAGAUGUAAUGUGGCAAAAGCAGGAACUACAAUACUUGGACUAUUUUGUGUAUAAAGUAUUUACUAAAUUAUUUUAUAUUUUUUUUUCCUGGAUGAGUGUAUUCAAUUUUUUUGCACUACAUCAAAUAUGUCAUAUGGUUAGUGAGGUCCAUGCAGUGCAUAUGUGGGAAAAUACAUUGAAAUCUCUUCUUAGUCCAUUGGAAUGUCGUCUUUAGCCCUUUCAUCUUUUCAUUAUGUUGUAACCACUCGCUAUGUAUAAGAGAUAUUUGUUGACAAAACUGGUUUCUGCUUUUAGGAA